AUGUCACAAGGCGAUAUGACUAGGCACGAGGGCGCCGGAGGCACCACAAAGCUCUCAUGUCGCAAGGCAAUGUGGCUAGGCACGUGGGUGCUGAAGACAUCUCUCGCGCUGGUUGAUGGCUGGGUGCCGAAGGCACAGCUCAUGCCAAAUGAUGGCUGGGUGCCGAAGGCAUCGCUCAAGCCAUAUGAUGAAGAUUGUAUGGGUGCCGAAAGGCACUGA